AUGGCCACUCCUCAGGUGCGUCUAAUUCCCCAUCAGCAUCAACCGGACAUCUCCAGCCCCACCACCUUCAAGAUCCCGAACAAAGACCCCUCGCCUCAAACACCCAGUCAACACUUCAACAUGCGUUUCACCAUCGCCGCUGCCAUGUCUCUGGCUUUACUGAACUCCGUCUCCGCCAACAUGCUCGGUAGCCUCCUUCAGCCGACGUCGUUGUUUGCAGUCCCCGGGUCGAUCUUCGAUCAACAAAACGGACAAGUCAGCUGUGGCAACCAGGGCCACGCGGCGAUCAACGCGAAUGUUCUGACCCAGGUUCAGUGCGGCGGCUCUGGCGGCACUCAAAUGAGCUGUGGCAACCAAGGCAACGCUGCCGUCAACCUCAACGCGCUCACCAGCAUCAACUGCUGCCACAUCCUGUAA